AAACGUGAAAACAUAUUCUGAAGGUUUCAAUAUACCUCAGUUCGUUUUAUAUUGCAUAUAAAUGUAUUGUGAUAAGAAAUUGCCUUGAAAUAUUUUUCUUUUUGUUUAACAGCAAUAUGAUUGAAUAAACGCGUAUAACAUUUACAUAUAAAAACCUAAAAGAAAUGAUACUCAGUUUGAUAAAUAGCAUUUUAGUGACCAUUACUCUAUCGUGGGCAGCCAGAUGGCCCGACCCAAAAACUGACCCUUUAGUAUUCAUCGCAAAUCCAGUAGAAGCCGAAAUGCCUGGUCAUUGGAUCCCUCUAAGCGUGGUGAAAAUUAUUCUCGAACGCACUUCAACAAAAGCAACGACCAGAACUACGCCGUUUAAGUUGUCACAUAAGGAAAUCAUUGUUUUAGAAACUUCAAGUCCUGAACCAACAGUGACAUCUAGUGAAACAACAGUGGCAACAACAACAGAGUCAACUACUGAAGCUGUUACAGCCGAAUCUACAGAAAAACCAACUGAGGCUCCGACAGAACCACCAAUAGAAUCUACUGCGGAAACAGUUACUGAAGCAACCACGACCACAGAAGCACCAACCGAAACUACAACGACCACUGAAGCGACAACCGAGGCUAUAACGACAACCAAAGCAACAACAACUGAAGAAACAACAACAGAAAAGGCGAAACCUAAACGAGCCAAAAAACCGAUGGACGGGCACGAAAACGGAAAUAUUUAGGGUUCCUAUAUUAAAAGCUGUAGGUGGACAUGUAAUUGUUGAUUAUUAAGUUUUUUAUUAAUACUAAUAUAUGUAUUUAAGUCGUCCUGACAUUUCUUCGUUGUUUCAACCUGACUAAUAAAAAAAUAGUUAUAA